AUGAGUGCCAAAAACACAAAAGGACCUCAAAAGGUGGACAGCACAGCAGCAGGGUUUGGGAUGAGAGAAGCCCCUUUGCUAGCACCGGCGAGCACUUGCGCAGUACCAGCAAGGGCUGCCUACGUCCCGGAGGGAAACUCGGUGCACUGGGUCAGUCUCGCGAUAGCCUCAGGCCUGGCGGGGACUCCCAGGCUGAGGAACGAUUCUGGGCAGUGUCGUUCCCGGAGGUCGGCGGCCGUUGCCCGCUCACCAGCUACGCGGUGCGUCCUGUCUGCAGAGAUGCGGGCUCGGGGCGCCUGCGGGGACGGUGAGGCCCCGUUGAGGACUCCGGCCAGUGCGAGUCCCGGGGGCGGCGGUGGGGCUCAGGCCCUGGGUCUGCCUCGUGGUGUGACCCUGGCCGGAGCCUGGGCUUUUCCUGGCCUUCGUGUCGUGCUGUGUAAACGCGAGGUGAUGACGGCAUCGACCUCUUGGCGCUGUUGUGAGAGCGAAGUGGCACCUGGUAAACGGUUAGCCCUUGUGGAGAAACACCCAGUUAGUUCCCAGGGAGAGAUUGGGGCCCCGGAGAGUGAUUACCAGUGUGCCUUUCCAUUAAGGACACUGCCCAACUCUAAGAUAGCCUGGAAAGAGGACUCUGUUGGCUAUUGGAAAUUGCAGAGUAAUGUCUCAAAAGGAUGGAGCCCACCGGAGAGCUCCAAGGUGACAUUUAGUGAUGUGGCUAUAGACUUCUCUCAUGAAGAGUGGGGAUGACGCCAUUCUGCUCAGAGGGACUUAUACAAGGAUGUGAUGGUCCAGAAUUACAAGAACCUGGUGUCUGUAAGUCUUUCCGUAACUAAGCCAUAUGUGAUCACAGUGUUGGAGGAUGGGAGAGAGCCCUGGAUGGUGGAGAAAAAACUGUCAAAAGCGUAUAUUUUACCCAUUUCUGUUAUCACUCCUCCUUCUUCUGUGAACUUUGUAUUCUCUGCUUCAUUUGAGCAUUGUUCAGAAAUCAUUGAAAUAUUUGAGUUGUCUGAACUAUGUGUUUUCUGGGGACUUCAUUUCUUAUCCAUUUCUCCUAAUUCCACCAUAGAAGUGUCUUUUCAAGAAAAGAAUUUACCCAAAAAGUCAGUUAUAAAAAAUGAGAGACUCAAUGGUGGAAAGAAACUUUUGAAUUCUAAUGAAAGUGGAGCAGCCUUUAACCAGAGCAAAUCUCCUCACCAGACUUGUAAUAGAGAGAAAAUCUAUACAUGCAGUGAAUGUGGGAAAGCCUUUGGCAAACAGUCAAUCCUCAGUCGCCACUGGAAAAUUCAUACAGGAGAGAAGCCCUAUGAAUGUCGUGAAUGUGGGAGGACUUUUAGCCAUGGCUCAUCCCUUAAACGACAUCAGAUAAAUCAUAGUGGAGAGAAACCUUACAAAUGCAUUGAAUGUAGGAAGGCCUUUAGCCAUGGCUCAUCACUUACUAACCAUCAGAGCACUCACACUGGAGAGAAACCAUAUGAAUGUUUGAAUUGUGGAAAGUCUUUUAGUCGUGUGUCCCUUCUUGUCAUCUCUCAUUCACCAUCAGAAAAGCCUUAUGAAUAUAGAGAAUGUGGGAAAGCUUUUUGCUGUAGCUCACACCUUACUCAACAUCAAAUAAUUCACACUAUGGAGAAACAAUAUGAAUGCAAUAAAUACCUGAAAGUCUUUAGUAGCCUAUUGAAACCCUACGAAUGCAGUAUAUGUGGGAAAGCCUUCAGUCAUAGGUCAUCCCUGCUUCAACAUCACAGAAUUCAUACUGGAGAGAAAACUUACGAAUGUAUUAAAUGUGGGAAGACCUUCAGCUGUAGUUCAAACCUUACUGUACAUCAGAGAAUUCACAUUGGAGAAAAGCCAUAUAAAUGUAAUGAGUGUGGGAAAGCUUUUAGCAAAGGCUGA